GCAACCAGAAGACAACAUCCAUCUGGUGAGCCACUCCAAGGAGCAGGCUGGGGAAAGAGGCCAAGGGAGGUCCCGUCUUGGGUGGGUCUCUCAACCACCACACCAGAGAAGAGGCCGGCUGCCCCUCAGAAACCUUCCCCUUGAGGCCAUGGAUCAGAGAGGUUCUGCAACCCCCAGCCUCCCAGCUGAGCCUCGAUGUUCCAUGACCGAGAACACCCUGCAUGGAGAAGAGGAACUGGAUGAGGAGACGGUGAACUUCAUUUCAACCUUGUAUGAAUCUCUGGGGCCUCUUUUGACUGAAGUGACCAAGCUCCAAAACAACCAGGACCCUCCUGCCCACCUGAUGGUCGACAUGAGAGCCAAGCUGAGGGAGAUGGGCUCAACGGUCUCUGAUGCCAGGAAGAAGAUGAUGAGGUACAACAUGUACCUGAAGAGGAGGCUCGCCAAAGCAGUCCAUGAGAAGAAGGCCUUGAGGGAGCAGCAACUGAGGCAGCAAGAAUGUAAUGAGCAGCUCGGUGCUAUUCCCAUCGCAGCACAAAGAGGGUACAGAGUGGAUUUGGAGCCAGUCAAGUCCAGCAUGACCCAAGAUAAGAACCUCCAGGAGAUGCCACCACCAGAGCUGCUGAGGAACAAAGCCCAGGAGAGAGCUCACCGGAGGGGUGUCAGCCUGCAAGACCCCCAGUUCGUUCCAGUGGUGGAGGAGGCCUCAGGGCGACUGCGGCCUCUCCAAGACAUCGCCGAUGGAAGCAGCCGGGUGUGUAUGACCCCACAGGGAGUGCUGCAGAAAAGUGCCUGCAGGCUGGAUGGCAUGCCUUCUCGUCCAUCCCUUGAUAGAGGCCAGAUGUGAUCGCGGAAGGUGGCAGAUGGAUCUCUCAUUGCUUUUCCUUUGGGACCCCAUAGACCAAAGUGAGGCUCAACGUGGCUGAGCCCUGUCCAUUGUCACCCAGUAGCACCAAUUAAACCUCAUUUCCUCCUUGA